UUGACCGGAAUCGAACCUGGGACCUUCCAGUCCACAGGCCAACACUCUGUCCACUGAGCCAAACUGGUUAGGGCUCAAAAGCCCUUUUAUUAGUCCAUUGUUAUACAAAAGCUUCCAGCCAGUCCCUUGAAUGUCCCUGGUUCCUUCCAUCUCUGAUUUUCUCACUCUGCCCAACCACUAUGUGUGCGUCUCUUGCUGCAAGACUUACAUGUGAGGACAGACAUGUUAAGGACAACCCACAUGAGCCACCAACUUGAUCAGCUGGGCAUUUUCUGGUGGAAGAAAUCAGGGCUUCCUUUCCCUUCUCUGCCCUCACACUCACCCUGUGACCCCACUACCAUCGUGGCAGGCACCACAUAUGUAGGAAGUAGGGUCUUCUGGAUAGGAUGAGUGAAUGAGGUUUGGGUGUGGAGCUGAGUAUGGAAAAGGGAGUGAAUUUAACGUAUUGUAAUAGACAGCUUCUCACAUCUAGGUUACAGUAUCUGCAAACCUGUCAGUUUGACCUCACCCACACAGCCCACAUCCUAUUGACUCUUUUUUUAUACAUAAAACUUGUUAAGUUCAGGCCCUCCUUUCCCUUCCUUAGGUCCCUGUCCUUUCUGAGGCCUCACCCCACCCUUCCCCAUAUGCACCAAUCUUCCCUGCUCACACACACCUCUCUCCACCAUGCAUCAAAAUGACCUGUUUUUUUAAGUUUUUAACUGUAUUAAAGAUAAUCAAAAGAUAAGUUUUUAAAUUCAAACUGCACAAAGGUGUGAAAAAUCUGUCUCUCCCUCAGAAAUCCCUGUUCCCCUACCCAAUUUUUAAUGUCUCCUUCUAAAGGUAUUCUCUGUAUAUAAGAGCACACAGGUGCCGGUGUGGGUCAGUUGAUUGGAGAGUCGUCCACUACACUGAAAAGUCUUGGGUUCAAUUCCCAGUCCAGGCACAUACAGUGGGGCCUUGACUUACGAGUUUAAUUCGUUCCUAGACUGUGCUUGUUAAGGAGCUCGUUAACUCAAAUUACUCUAACAACUCAAUGCAAAAAAUCAGCCGAGAGGCAGCUGGUAUCUCAAAAAACUUGUUAGUUGGGACACUCGUAAGUCAAGGCCCCACUGUACUUAGGUUUUGUGUUCAAUCCUCGGCCCCAUCAUUGGGGUACGUGCGGGAGGCAACCAAUCGAUGUUUCCCUCUCUCUCCCUUCCCCUCUCUCUAAAAAAAUCAGUGAACAUGGCCUCAUGUGAGGAUGAAAAAAAAAAGCAUACAGGCACAUCUUAUGUACACAGAUGGGAUUACAUUGCACACAGUCUUGAACUCAGACACCUCACUUGCCUUGAACUCAGACACCUCACGAAUGGUUAAAUAAUGUAUUAAAGAGCUCUGAUAUCAAAAACACUUCACUGUCCCCCAAUAGCUCAACUUCCCAAGGACAGGCAGGGAUUGAUGGUGUACCUCUCCCUGCUGAAAAUUCAUCAGUGUCUAGAAUAGAAACCAGUUCACAAAGCCCUGCAUGACCCUCUCUGCACCAAGUUCACUUUCUGUCUUUCACAUCCCGCCUCCACUCUGCUGGAGCGCACUGAUGUCGCUGUUCCCUGAAAAAGACAAGUCUGUCCCUCCGCACCUCAGGACAUUUGUACCUACCCACUUUUUCCAGAGUGCUGUGGCCCCAUGACCUUCCACGGGCUCACUCCUUCCUAUCAGGCACCAGCUCAGAAGUCCCCUCACAGAAAGGCUUCCCUGACCCAUCACUGCCACAUCCUACUGUUUGUUUUUGGUAGCACUUAAUAUAACCUAAGAUCAUUUUCUGCAUUUGUUGUUGUCUGUUUUCCCAUUUAAAAAUGUGAGUGGCUUCUGAGGUCAGGGAUGUUUGCCGGCACUGUUCAUUUCUGAGUCCCCAGAACCUAGCACACAGUAGGUUGGACAGGUGACUUAUUCUAUGCUGGUGCACUCAGUGCCAUCCUCCUGGAAACCACCCUUCCUGACAGUUAGCUUGCUUCCCACAACAGACCCACUCCAACUUCAGAACUAAAUGCAUUGAAAAGUUUUACUACUGCCCUGGCCAGGUAGCUCAGUUGGUUGGAGUAUGGAACCUAUACUUCCAGGUUGAGGGUUCCAUCCUAGGGGCACAUUCAAGGGUCAACUGAUGAAUCAUGGAUUGGUGGAACAACGGGUGGAUGUCUCUCUCUCCCUUCCUCUAAAAUCAAUCAAUAAAAUUUAAAAAAAUGUUUUUAUUGAUUUGAUAGAGAGGAAAGGAGAGGGGGAGAGAGAAAUAUUGAUGUGAGAGAAACAUUGUUUGGCUCUUGUACGCACUGCCGCGGGGGAUCAACCUACAACCUGGGCUUGUGCCCUGACCCGGAAUCAAACAAGUGACCUUUCUGUGCAUGGGACGACGCUCAACCAACUGAGCAACACCGGCCAGGGCAAUAAAUAAAGUUUUUUUAAAAUGUUGACGACCAUUGCCAACUUCCUUCAAAGAGGGUGCCAGUCAACACAAUCUCUUCAAAAAGGAGAGCGUUGUUUAUCGCCUUUCCAGGCUGGUGAUGAACGGAAUGGGCUGAAGAUACCCAUUUUACAGACGAGUACACAGGCCAGGGAAGAUUUUAAUCCUGAUCUCAGCGCACUGGCUGUUCACAUUGCCCUCAGUUUGCAAACCCGCUGCGGGAGCUGUUCUAUGGUUCAGGAGCCCCCGGAUCGCAGGCCCCGCCCCCUCACGAAGAGCCCUGCGCAGGUCCCGCCCGUGCUCUCGCGAGAGCUGGGAGGCGGAUAAUGGCGUCGAAGUGAGCGCGAGCUCGCGGCCGCCCAGGAAGUCGCCGCAGCCUCAGCCGGAGCCGCAGGAGCUGCGGGGACAAAAGGCCUAGCCGGGCCAAGGAUGGAACACUUCCCGCCUAGCUGCCUGCCUCCCUGGAUGGAGGAAGAACCCUCCGUGCCCAGCCCGGACAUGCUGAUCAGUGCAAAGCCCAGCUCCAGUGAGACCCAGAAGGAAGUGUCCCCAGGCGUGGCUGCUGCAGCCACCUCCUUCUCCAUGGGGGAGGCGGCAGGGCCUGACCAGACAGCCACACCUCCAUUGUGGGAUCGCGGAGGGUCUGGCGGGGUCCAGCAGGGCGCCUCCUCAGCCCCAGGCGCGGGCCAACCUGGCCCGGGAUCUAGCCUUGGCCCAACCAGCGCAGUUUCUGGGACCAGUGAGGACCUGCGGCCUCCCAGGCGACGCCCACCACCAGGCAAGCUCUUCCGCUGCUCCGCCCUGAACUGCACCGAGACCUUCCCCAGCAUGCAGGAGCUGGUGGCACACGGCAAGCUGCACUACAAACCCAAUCGCUACUUCAAGUGUGAGAACUGCCUCUUGCGCUUCCGCACGCACCGCUCGCUCUUCAAACAUCUGCAUGUUUGCGCUGAGCAUGCGCAGAGCCCAGCCCCACCGCCAGCCCCUGCCCUCGACAAGGAGCCCUCCGCGCUCGAGCGCCCCACGGAAUCUGACUCUGCGUCGGCGACGGGCUGGCAGCACCCGCUCGAGCCCUACGCGACGCCCGCCCCUGCCCCCAGCGGGCCCUUUCGUCCCUACCUGAACCCCGCGUCCUUUGGCCUAAACCCCACGCGCCUGCGCCCCUUCCUGGCCGCCGCUCCUGGGCUGCCGGCCUCCAGCGCCGCUGUCUGGAAAAAGAGCCAAGGUGCCGGUGGCAGUCCUCGAAGACCCCAGGGCGGCUCCGACGCGCCCUCAGGGCACAUUUUGUGGGAGCACACGCGUGGUCGCUACUCGUGCAUGCAGUGCACCUUCUCCACAGCCUCGCGGCCCGCCAUGACCCUUCACCUGGAGGACCACCGCUCCAUUGCCCCCGGGCAGCCACGCCCCGAGUGCCCGGGGAGCCAUCAGGACUUCCGGAGCCUUCAAGCAAAAUUCCAGGCCUCUCAGCCUGAGACCAGUGAACUCCCCCCCAAAUCUCCAAAGCCUGAGUUCAAGAAACUCCUCAAGAAGUUUCCACAGCCUGAGCCCAGUGAGCACUCUAAGAAGCCCUCACUGCCUGAGUUCACUGAUCUGCCUAGGAAGCCCCCACAGCCCGAGUUCAUUGCAGUGUCCAGGAAGCCCCCACAGCCCAAGUUCACUCAUCUGCCCAAGAAGCCCUCCAAAUCUGAGUUCAGUGAACUCCACAAGAAGUUCCCAGAGCUCGAGGCCACUGUGCUCCCCAGGAAGCCCCUGCAGCCUGAGGUCAGUGAGGACCCUCAGAAGGCCUUACAGCUGGAGCCCAGUGCACUUGCCCAGAAGCCCCAGCAGCCUGACCUCAGCAACCCCAUCAGGCCUCCCACAGAACCCAAAUUCAGUACAUUCCCCAGAAAGUUCUGGCAGCCUGAGUCCAAUGAGGCUAUCCUGAAGGCCUCACAGCCCGAGUUCAGUAACUUUCCAAAGAAGCCCCCACCCCUUGAGUUCAGAAAGCCCCAGCAGCCUCAGAUGCCCCCCUGGAAGCCUGAGUCCAGUGAGCCCCACCCCAACUUUUCACAGCCUGACUUCAGUGCCUUCCCAAAAAAGACCCCACCACCUCAGCUGAGUAACCUCCCCAGGAAGGCCCUGCAGCUUGAGUCUGGUGACCUCACCAGGACGUCCUCAGAGCCCGAGGUCUGUGUGUCUCCCAAGAGGCCACAGCAGUCUGAAUUCAAAGCACUUUCUAAGCCCCCAAAGCCCAAGCUGAGCAGCCUCCCCAGGACGUCCUCAGAGCCUGAGGUCAGCUUAUACCGCAGGAAGUUUCCACAAUCGGAGGGCCAGGGGACCCCCCGCAAGUUUUCACAGCCUGAAACCAAUGCUCUGCCCAAGAAGCCCCGGCAGGCAGAGUUCUUUGGGGAUCCCUCUAGAAAGCCCCCACUGCCUGGCUCUGUUUCGGAGAGCUCCCUGCCCAUGGCUGUUGCGGGCUCCAGCACCAGAUUCCCACUCAGCCCAGGGUUUGGAGCGAGGCAAAAGAAGUCAGGAGUUCUCAUUCAUGGUGGAGGGUCAAGGCUGGGCCUCAAACCCGGCCACCCACCACGGCAGAGGCCUCUGCCUCCAGUCAGCAGCCUGGGACCUCCACCUGCCAAACCCCCGCUUCCCCCGGGCCUCAAGGAUAUCCAGAGCUUUCAGAGACCCUCAGCAGCAAUCACAACUCUACAGAAGACCUGCUCUUCUGCUGGAAUCCACUUCCAGGCCAGACAGCCUAAGGCUAUCCUAAAGGACCAAGAGGAGAUCUACGAGCUGUACGAUGAUGUGGACCUGACAGACUCCAGCCCCAGCAUCAAGGGCAAAGAUGAAGUGCCAUCUAUCCAGCAACCCCCCAGGAAGCCACCAGAAGACCCUGAGCUCAGGAAAGAAAAGGCACCUCAGCCAGAGCAGUUGUUGCCUGUGGACCCUAAGGCCCUGAAGAAAAUCCGGAAGGCGGAGAAAGCUGAGAGGGAGUUCCGGAAGAAGUUCAAGUUUGAGGGGGAGAUCGUGAUUCAGACAAAGAUGAUGAUUGACCCCAAUGCCAAGACACGGCGUGGGGGUGGGAAGCACCUGGGGAUCCGACGUGGGGAGAUCCUGGAGGUGAUUGAGUUCACCAACAAGGAGGAGAUGCUGUGCCGGGACACCAAGGGCAAGUAUGGCUAUGUGCCCAGAGCUGCACUGCUGCCCUUGGAAACGGAGGUGUAUGACGACGUUGGCUUCUGGGACACUCUAGAAAGCCAACCAUUUCCCCGAGGACAAUAAAGCCUGCAGGUGUGGGGACCCAGGACAACCACCCACUAACCUAGGAAUCCUGGAUCCCAGCUUAGAGGCCACAGAACUGCCAAGGCUCACACCUGACCAUGUACAUGGACCACAUAAAGCCUUUCUUU